GAAUAAUCUAAAACUUGUUAUCAUCAAAAGAAGUUAAAAAAAAAAAUCCUGAAUCAGGUUAAUAUUUAGUAAAGAAACAAUUUGACAGUACCGCUUCACCGCUUACUAAUCUCCCAUCCCAAUGUAAAUCUCCAUUGAUUUUAAAUGAAUUCCACCAUUAAAAUACUCAUUCAAGCUCCCCAUUAAAGCCAACUUAAGCAGUAAACAUAUUUCAAACUUCAUUUUGCUAAUAAUAAACUAUAUAGCCCUCUUGCAUUAUUUAUCGGUCCAUCACCGUAGCUGGUAGCUGCUCCUCGAAAUCCAAUCCCACUCAUCAGUUCAAAACUUCAAAUAAUCAAUACUCAAAAGAUUCAAAAUCUUUCUUCUUCAGAACUACACAACAGAACCUUCUUCUGUAGCAACUUUUAGUUGAGCUUGAAGCUCUUUUGAGUUUUGGUGUAUGGUGGAUGCCUUCAAAGAUUGAAACUUUAACCGGUUUUUGAUGCCAAUGGAGUUCAGAAAGAGUGUAUUCAUUGCAUUUGAGCUUCUUAUUUACUCCACAUUCUCCUUUACUAUAUCAGAAGCUCUUAAUUCAGAUGGUCUUUCACUUUUAGCUCUCAAAGCAGCCGUAACCACAGACCCAAAACAAGUUCUGGCUACGUGGAAAGAAUCAGACUUUACCCCUUGUGGUUGGGAAGGGAUCAAAUGUGAUCAUUCCCAUCAGAAAGUCACCACCAUAUCUCUCUCCCACAAAGGCCUCAUUGGCUACAUUCCAUCAGAACUUGGGACUCUUUCCUCACUUACUUCUCUUACUCUGUCCUUCAACAAUUUCUCAAAGCCCAUCCCAGUUCACCUCUUCAAUGCCACUUCUCUGUCCUCUCUUGAUCUAUCUCAUAACUCCCUCUCCGGGCCUCUGCCUCACCAGAUAACUGCCCUCAAGAACCUCACUCAUCUUGACCUUUCAUCAAAUCAGCUCAAUGGGUCCCUUCCUGAUGCCUUGAGCAACUUAACCCACUUAUCUGGAACUUUAAAUUUUUCAUGCAAUAAAUUUUCCGGCGAGAUUCCGUCGAGUUUUGGUGGGUUUCCGGUUACAUUGAGCUUGGACUUCAGAGAGAAUAAUCUGACAGGGAAGAUACCACAAGUUGAGGCGUUGCUGAACCAGGGUCCAACUGCAUUUUCUGGGAAUCCUUAUCUCUGUGGGUUCCCAUUAGACAAUGUUCCUUGCAGUAGAGAGCCUGAAGCGGAGAAUCCAAGAAUCCUGCCAAACCCACAAAAGCCAGGUAUUCUGUCAGAUGGGAUUGUGGAGAAAGGAAAAACAAGAAACGGGACGGUCACAAUUACUCUGGUUUCUGGGAUUUCAGUGGUGAUUGCAGCUGUAUUUGUUUCAGUGUGGGUUUUCAGGAAAAAAUGGAAUUUGAUGGAAGACAACAUUGGAACAGAAAAUCUGGAGAAGGGCUUGGAAAAGGGGAAGGAGAAAGAGAAGGAGAAGGAAAAAGAAAGGCAAAGUAGUGUCACUGGAAGUGAGGAGGGACAAAAGGGCAAAUUUGUUGUCAUAGACGAAGGGAUGGAGUUGGAAUUAGAAGAUUUGUUGAGGGCAUCUGCUUAUGUGGUCGGAAAAAGUAGGAGCGGGAUAGUGUAUAAGGUGGUGGUUGGCGGUGGGAGUGGAAGUGGCGGCGGCGGCGGUGGGAGGAGGUCCAGUGUGGGUGGUUCCACCAUUGUUGCAGUGAGGCGGUUGAGUGAUGGUGAUGCCACCAUGAAGCUGAAGGAGUUUGAAGGGGAGAUGGAGAAUAUUGGGAGGAUUCAACAUCCAAACGUUGUAAGGUUGAGGGCUUAUUACUAUGCUAGCGAUGAGAAAUUGGUGGUUUCUGAUUUCAUCUCCAAUGGAAGCUUGCACAAUGCCCUUCAUGGAGGACCUGCGAAUUUGUUGCCCCCAUUGUGUUGGGCAGCGAGACUAGAAAUUGCGCAAGGUGUGGCGAGGGGUCUUACGUACAUUCAUGAAUGCAGUCCUAGAAAAUACGUUCAUGGAAAUAUAAAAUCAUCGAAGAUCCUUCUAGACGAGGAUUUACAGCCUUAUGUUUCUGGUUUUGGCUUGAGACGUCUUGUGUCUGGCACAUCCAAAACCUCAAAUGCUGCUUCCAGAAGGCAGAGCUCCAACCAGAUCACAGUGAGCCCUAGCAGCUCAACAUCAUCAAUAAUGUACAUGGCACCUGAAGCACGAAUCCUAGGUAGCAAGCUCACGCAGAAAUGUGAUGUGUAUGCUUAUGGAAUUCUUCUUCUGGAGAUGUUGACUGGUCGAUUACCUCAUUGCGGGCCUGAUGAUGACGAUAAUCGGCUCGAAAGUAAUAUCAGGAAGGCUUUUCGUGAAGAAAGGCCAUUAUCAGAAAUCAUUGACCCUGCCCUAUUGCACGAGGUUCAUGCAAAAAAGCAAGUGCUCGCAUUAUUCCACAUCGCACUGAACUGCACUGAGCUGGAUCCUGAACUUCGACCGAGGAUGAGAUUGGUUUCUGACAAUCUUGAUCAGAUCAAAUGGUCAUAACUUGAAAGAGAAUAAGAGACCAGAUUUUUGCUGACUUCUGGCUAACCUUCUCAGCCUGUGGGUCACUAAUGUUGUAUAAGUAUCUUAACGUAAAGCUGAUUCGCAGUUGUGCCUCUUGAAAUUUUGUACUGGAUUUCAUGGCUGAGGAAGCUUAAAGCAUUAGACGUUUUAGAAUAGGAUUCGUCAAUAGGCACGACGAGGUGAUCAUGUACUAGGCGUGAGGAUUAGUAUGGCACCUAUUUGAUUCUGACUGUAACUAUAAAGUAUGCCAUGACUGUAACUUCAUCUGAGGAUGAAGGGGAUGUAGUGCUACCAGUUUACCUUCAGAAAUUGGUGUAGCAGGGGAAAUUCAUGUAAACUAUGUUAUUCACUCAGUAACCUUGUCCAGCCGAAACUGAUAAAUCUGCAAUGAAGGAUUACUGAUAAAUCGCUCAUAUGAAUCGCCGGGCGAGGAGUUCAUCUGAUUUGCUCAUUUUAUGAAAGAACAGAAUGGCGCUACCAAGUACUGGCUGCUCAUUUGUUCUCAAGACAUUCCUAAAGCUACAAUCUGUUGAUACAUGUGUAUAUGCUUCUAACCUUGGUCUGCAUUCAUUCUGUAGCUAAAACAAAGUAGCCCCUUUAUGAUCCCAUCAUUCCUUAACCAAAUCUUGGAUGUUCUGAUCACGCUGACAUGCAAAAUCUUCCAACCAACUAAUAAAAGACGAGUAUUGAGUGUUCUUGAAUUGUUGCAUUCGCAUUUCAUGGUUCAGUUUCUUACAGAACGCUUGGCUUUUAGUGGUAUUGAGUAUUGACACUGCUCUUUGGUUCAAAAUCUUCCGACCAACUAAUAAACUUGCAUCUAAACUCUUUUAAGUAUUUCCUACCUAAAACUUGAUGAUCAUCCUAGGCCCUAGCUAUAUAGCACGCUUCAUUUCCUUUUCACAUUGAGUUUUGGUUAAUUAGUC